AUGAAAUCCUCAACUAAAUUAAUGGAAAAUAUGCCAGUAAGUAGUAUGAAAAAGAGUGCAUGGACACCUCGGUCCUCACCUGCAAAUGAAAAGCUAUAUUUAGAGCGUGUAGAAUUGGUUGGCCAUUGGUUUGAUAUGUGGUCUGAUGUUCAAAGAAAACGCUUUCUCGAUUAUAUCCUACAUCGUAGUAAACGAUCGCAAUUGCAUUUUGUCGAAAGUUGGUGCGAUCACCGUGUUGCUCGUCGAAACCUUGACUUCACCAAUCAUUUGCCUCGAUUUCUUUCGCUGUAUAUCUUUUCUUUCUUGGAUCCCCGAAGUCUAUGCCGAGCUGCUAUGGUUUCUUGGAAUUGGAAAUUUCUAGCUGAACAAGAUGCUAUUUGGAUGCCUAAAUGUGUCCGAUAUGGUUGGUAUCUUCCUUAUGCUCCUAGCAGUAGGGAAUAUGGAGCAUGGAAAUUUCAUUACUUGGCAUGCAUGACAUCGUUGCAAGUCGAAGCUCCAAGUCAAGAUGUGGUUGAAAUGUAUCGACAAUUUAACGAAGUAACACUAGGUGAUCAUAAAUAUAGAGGUGAAAAGCAAGGUCGACGAAGUAAAAGUCCAACGAAAAUGUCAAGGAAAUCAGUUGAAGGUCAGCCCUGGUUGGAUCCAGAUCCUGUUCCUAAAGAAACUCAUUUUCAAUUCAGCGAAGACUAUGAUCCUCAUACACCAUUCAGUGCUGCCCCUAAUUCGUUAUUAUUAAAGUCUACUGGGAAGCAACGAAGAUCAAAAAUAGAAGAUGUUCCUUCCAAAUCAUAUCAGGUUGGUGCACCAUAUGAAGAUCCAGAAUUAUCACCGAGGAGUACUUUGUCGAGUCAUAUUGUUAGAGAAAGCUCCAAGAAUCUAUUGCUUAAUACUGAUUAUCGUGGAGACUUUCGCAUUAAAUCAAAAAGACAUGAUCUAUCAGGAGGAUUUUAUCCAAAACUACCAACAAAUCAAAGAGAUUUGAGAGCAUUGAGUUUGAACUUUCCUAAUCAUGCUAAUCCUCGCGUCAUUUUUAUAUCCUCAAGAAUUCCAGCAGCAGAACUAUUACAUGAAGCAGUUAUGUUUGGGGUUCUACCAAUCGUCUACAGUUAUAACAGUACAACUUUAGAAAUUUUACUCCAACAAUUGCACUACGUUCUAAACGGAAGACAGGCUAGGAGUAUCGGAUUUUUUGUCCAUUAUCAACAUCCGGGUCAAAUUAAUCUAGUAGCAGAUAAAACAACCUCUGUAAAAUCCUUAUCGCAAGCGGACAUUAAAACAUUUUGGGAAACAUUAUGUGGAUUUGUUGUAGCUGCCGACAUUGGUGGUCAUGUUGAUAUUUUUACACCUCUUGCCGAUAGUGAAGAGGGAAUGGAGCUUAUAUUACAGUUAGGAAUAAUUACCGGCAUGCAAUUCUCAGCUCCAAGUUGUGUUGCGGAAUCUUUUAUUGAUGUAAAUAGUGACUGGCUCUUAACUCCGGGCGGAGUUACACCGCCUGCUCUGUAUUUCCAUUUACAAAAGUUAGCAACCUGGUCUUAUGUAUCGCAACAAGUCAAAGAGGCAUCGGAAUCUGUACAGAAACACCUUAGUUUAUACAUCGAUCAGCAAAGAAAAGACGUCAUUUCUAAGCUUACAGGCAAAAUUAUAUUUGAUGCCAUGUCUCUGGGCGAAGUUUAUCAAACAUCCAAGAUAGGAAAUCUAAUUCGAGAUGCUAUAAUUUCUUUGUCGUCAGCAGAAAAUCAGGAUAAAGUUGAUACGGCGGCUUAUAUUGCUGAUUAUUUACAAGGCCGACGGGAGAAGGAAGAAAAGAAGAAGAAGAAAAAGAAGAAGAAGGAAAAGACCAACAACGAUGAAGACCAUGCAGAAGAAGAAGAUCAACGUCUAGAAGAAGAAGAAGAAACUGAUCAUGAUGAUAAGCAAGAAAAAAUAGAGGAAGAAGACAAGAAAUCGGAAGAGAGGAGAACGUUAAUUGUACAUGAAUUAUUUUCAACGGAAUUGAAUUAUAUGCGAACUCUAGAGAUUAUUGAAACCGCUUUUGUUAAUCCACUUAGAGCAGCAAUGGGUUCAAACAAAGGUUUAUUAGAAGAUCUUACUCCUAGAGUUCGAUCGUGGACUUCAGAACAAGUUAUUGGCGACAUUUUCCGAAAGUUUACUGUGAAAUUGAAAACGUAUACCAAUUAUAUUAAUAAUUAUACGGUGACAUUAUCGACCAUUGAAAAGUGUCAAGAACAAUUUCCAGGGUUUCGAGUAUUUUUAAAGAGGACGGAACGGAAAACACAGACCAAAAUGCUUAGCUAUGUCAAAUUAUUGACAGCUCUGGCUAAUCAAGCCCCUCCAAAUCAUCCUGAUCAUAAGGAAUUACCACUGCAAAUUAAACAAUUACAGCAUGUUUUAAGCUUUAUUGCAGAGGCAAGAGCUCGUGCAGAACGAGAUAGAAAAAUGAUUGCAUUACAAAAAAGAAUUGAAAAUUGCCCGACCUUGAUUGAAGGAAAUAGACACUUUAUUACUGAAGAAUGUGUUACAAAUUUGAAGCUGUAUUCACCUAUCGAAGAUCUUGGAUUAUUAUUAUUUAACGAUGCUCUAGUAGUAACUCAUCGAAAGUCGCGCUACUUUCCAUUUAUUCGAGCAGUUGAACAAACAGAUAAAUUUUUCGUUUCUGUGGCAUUAAUUCGAUUAACGGUUGAUGAUGUAGCCGAUACAAAAUAUGCAAAAAAUGUUUUCAAGAUGUCAACGCCAAAACGAGAAUGGAUAUGCCAAGCAUCUUCACCUGAAGCAAAAUGGCGAUGGAUAUCUAUAUUAGAAAAAUCGAUUGAUAAUGCAAUAGAAGUUGAAUCUUAA